UUUUUAAAGGCAUAUAUAGACCCUUUAAUAGCUACAGAGAGCUGAACACAUCCUAAUUUAAAACAUUUCCAAAGCUGACUUUGUGGCUGAAUCCCAAAUGAAUCCUUGGUCCCUAUAUAGGGCACUAGGUGGAUGUGGCUCUGCAGCCCUACAUAGUGCAUAUGUUCAUUAAGGAGUCUAUUGGGAUUCAGCCCAUUUCCUUCAUUGUGGGCAGUGAGUGCAAGCUGUGUGUAUGUGUGUGUGUAUAUGUGUGUACACAAUACAGGAUGUUUUUAAGGGGAGGACUGCGCACUCCAGACUCCUCUCUGUCGGUUUUAUAAUCUUUAAUAAUAAAUAAAGUCAGUAUAUUUACAGGGGAAUAACAAUGGGAGCCGCCUACAGUCUGCGCUCUUCUGAUCCGCAGGUUCGAGAUGUGAUUUGUGAAGCCCAAGCUGCAGGAUCAGACACCAGCUGAGUUGAAACAGAAGCCUCCAUGUGCUACAGACCCGCAUCUCUGUGGAGCUGAUCAUCUCUGAAGCGUCGUUUUGUGUGGAGCCGGAAAGAGUGACAGCAUUUUGCAGCCUGGUUGUUAAAUGAAUCCCAGCCGGCAGGCAGACGGAGCUCAGACAGCGGAUGUAGGAGGACACUAGAAGGACGGGGGUGCUUUCCUGGGCUGGAAUAAACAGCGAAGUCUCUGCAUGGAUAAACAGUGUUAUCUCUUCACUUCACAGCGGUACAGAUGCCAGAAAUGGAGGAGCCCAUAGACGCAAAAAUCGUCCUUAGAAUUUCUCCUAGAAUUUCUUUCCAGUACCUGCUUUCAUCCUCUAGCUGCUUAGAUCCUGAUGGAAAUCAACACACUGGAUUAUAAAGCUGCAAUCAAAGCAUGGGAGUUGGAUUCAUUUCUCUUGUCUGGAUUUCCAUUAAUGAUUUAAGGAACUAAUUGUCUAUAGGUGCUAUUAGUGCACUGAAUCUAUUCCUCACCCUGAAUCUAAUAUGGACAGAAUGAUAGCAUUGCGGUCAUCUCUUUGGCUCUGAUAACGCACACAUUUACUCCAUCUGUUCAUCAGGAGUGAUGCUUUUCCACAUGACGCCUCUGCAUGCAGACGUUCUGGCUUUCUACUAUUUUAAAUCAGGUGUUUGCUGAGGAAUAAACAAGACCCGAGACAUGCAUCUUGGACUGGAUGAGAGCAGGGAAUGUCAGUACAAUCAGAUCUGCACCCAUCAUAACUCCUCGUCCAUGGAAACCCCGCACACCAAGAAGAGGAGAGUGAAGAGAAAGUGGCAGGUCUUCCCAGGCCGGAACAAGUUCUACUGCGAUGGGCGGAUCAUGAUGGCAAAGCAGUCCGGCGUGUUCUACCUCACCAUGGCGCUGAUCCUGGUGACUAGUGGGCUGUUCUUCACGUUUGACUGUCCGUUCCUGGCCUCUAACUUGAGCCCAGCCAUUCCAGCCAUCGGUGGUGUGCUCUUCCUUUUCGUUAUGGUCAUGCUGCUCCGUGCAAGCUUCAGCGACCCCGGGGUUCUGCCCCGAGCCACUCCAGACGAAGCAGCCGAUGUAGAAAGACAGAUAGAUGCAGCUAACGGAGUGAGUGGUGCAAGCUCACGGCCUCCUCCCAGGACCAGAGAGGUGCUAAUCAAUGGCCAGACGGUCAAACUGAAAUACUGCUUCACCUGCAAAAUCUUUAGACCACCAAGAGCCUCACACUGCAGCCUGUGUGACAACUGCGUGGAGCGUUUUGACCACCACUGCCCCUGGGUAGGCAACUGCGUGGGAAAGCGAAACUACCGCUUCUUCUACCUGUUCAUCCUCUCGCUCUCCUUCCUCACCAUCUUUAUCUUCGCCUUCGUCAUCACCCACGUCAUUCUGAGAUCCAAUCGGACCGGGUUUCUCACCGCCCUCAAAGACAGCCCAGCCAGUGUUCUGGAGGUGGUCGUGUGUUUUUUCUCCAUCUGGUCCAUCGUGGGUUUGUCGGGUUUCCACACCUACCUGAUCAGCUCCAACCUGACCACGAACGAGGACAUUAAAGGUUCAUGGUCAUCCAAACGAGGCAAAGAUAACUACAACCCCUACAGCUACGGCAACAUCCUCACCAACUGCUGCGCUGCUCUGUGUAGCCCGUUACCACCCAGUUUGAUUGACAGGAGAGGUCUUGUAGAACCAGACGCCCCACAGCCAGCAGCUCAGUCAAAUGGGACUAACGCAUGUCCUACAACUCAGCUCCAGAGUCACAUGUGUCACCAAGAUCAGUGCAUCCAGAGCACCAAAUUUGUUUUGCAGGCUGCCACCACACCUCUCCUUCACGCCCAGCCGGUGCUGCUGAGCGGAGGCGCUGUCCUGCAGGUCAAACCGUCAGUGGGUGUGCCAUGCUCACUUCACCCCUCGCUGCCCUCCUCCACCACCAGUCUGGGCUGCGGAGGUGAGCUUUUGGCUUUACAUGACCCUGAAAGCCUCUGCCACCACCACCAGCUCAGCCACGAGGCCUUUGCCAGCCCAGAGGAGAUGCCCUCCCCGGCCAUGGCGCUGCCCUGCGCUGCCCACCUGGCGCAGCUGUACGACCCGGCCAGCCAGGACUCGCUGCACGAGGAUUCAGUACGCGGCCUGGUGAAGCUCAGCUCCGUGUGACGACCCCAGGAAGCGCAGAGCCAAAAGCCAUAGUUUAAUCUUUAUAGGACGAUAAAACACUUUCAGUGACAUUUUACCUUUUCAGCCACAGCAGGAUAUAACAGCCUCAAAAAAAAGGACCAAGAGCAGUCUUCCAGCUCGUCUGUGUGCUUACGCAGGAGAGCUGAUCUAUUAGCGCUCUCGCACUACGCCUCAAAAUGAAAUCUGUAUUAAAGGACACUUUAUCAAAACACUGAAAACAAAAGAUAUCUUAGCAAAUGAAAAUAUCUUGGAUAAAGGCAAAUAUAUCUAACACUUCUCAUGAUGACACUGCAAUAAAACAAACAUAAAAUUACUAAGCCUAUAUCAGACAAUUUUACUCAUUUCAAGCGUGAAAUUAUAUUCUUUUGGCUGGAAAAUUUUCUUGGUUGAUUUAUUUGUAGAACGAAGCAAAUGCUAAUAGAACAAGGCGCUUUAAGUUUGAGAAAAAAUGACUAGAAAUAUGCAUAAUGAUCAUAUUUUUGUUUUAUCAUAAUAUGAUAAAUACAGUGCUGUUGAAUUCUUGACUCUGAUUGGUUAGAAGGUGUUUCUGAAAGUAGUGCCAGCUACAAGGCGAAUCACUGAUUUAUAUUAAUGGACUCAUUAUAAUACGCUAUCGUUUCUAUUGUAAUGGCUAAUUAAGGGACGAGCUACAUAAUCUAAGACUAAUAAUUAACAGAUUAAACAGAUUAAAGAUUGCUUUUUAACAAAGGGAACGUGUAUAAUCAUUGACGUGGUGACGUUUUUCGGUGAGAGAUGUUAAUUUAACAUUUACAGAAGGAGUCUCCAGCAUCGGCACUUUGUAACACCAAAGGAGAUUCUUCAAGAUGGAGGAGUUUGUGUUUUUAAGUUUCUCUGUAACAUAAACUUCAAGAGAGAACUAAAGAGAGGCUGGUUAUGGAACGACUGUUUAUAGCUGCUAUAACGUGAAAAUAGGAACUAAUUUGUUUUGUAAAAAUGUUCCACAAUGGUAAAUGUAACUAUAAAUGGAUAAAAGUAUGACGUUGAAUAAUAAAUAAAAAUAAUCAUUAGCAAACUGUUGAGGUGUAAGAGGAAUAAAACACUUCAGGAUGUGCUGUGAUUGGAAAAUAAUCAACUUUUGGGUGGUAACAUUACCUGCAUCAUACAACCCCACUGUUGAUUAUUUUCCUCUAACAGCAUGCCUCCAAGUGUUUUAUUCCUUACUUAGAUAAAUUAACCUUUAUUCAGGAUAUUUUCACGUGUUGAGAUAUCAUGUUUGUAGUACAUGUAGACAAAACUGACCUUUGUUCCUAGUAAGGAUGUGCUUGUGUCAUCGAGAAACCAAGAUGUUCCACUAUAGCACUUAAAAAUGUUCAUGAGCUCCGGAAGAACUACAUCACUCUCCUUCACACGCAGUCCAUAAUUCAGAUGGUGGAUGUUUUAUAGAGCUGAACACUAAAGACAGUUGGUGUAAAUGCAAUCUCACUGCCUUUUUACAUCUCUCUGGGCUUCUGUCGACAAUAUCGUUCUGGCAAUAUGGCAAUAUGACAGUGGGCUUAUUAACUAGGGUGAUUAUAUUGCAUCAGAUCUUUUUGAUAUGUCUGAAUCACACAUUAUGGUGAUGUGAUUUAUGUGCCAAAUACGAGUUCAAUGAUUUCCCAUUGUAGAGGUGAUAAUCUUGUCAAUAAAUUUGCAAGUUUGUAUGGAAUCUA